AUGAAGCCUCGGAAUUAUCAAAUAGAAUUGGCCAACGAGGCCGUCAAGAGAAAUAUCGUCUGUAUUUGUCCAACAGGAAGUGGAAAGACGUUGAUUGCUGCUCUCGUCAUUGACCAACUUUAUCAUCAAGAUUCUGCCAAUUUUUGUGCUCAAAGUGAUCUUUGUGCUUGUGGAAGUUCUUCAAGCAAGCACUCAUCGUCAGCUGAGCGCUUGGACCCACAAAAAACAUUUUUCAUAGUUCCAACAAAUGCCCUCAAGAAACAGCAACAAGAGUCUUUGACAGAGUUCUUUUCUGCUCGAAAGUGUUCGCGUGUAAAGGUGAAAAAAGAUUUCGUGAUUGAUAAUGGAAAAACAUGGAAUGUCUUAGUAUGCACGGCACAAUCUCUUCUAAAUGCUCUUGAUACAGAUACCAUUUCGAUGAACGAUAUCAAACUACUUGUAUUCGAUGAAGCUCAUCAUGCUGUUGGAGAACAUCCCUACACAGUGAUCAUGAGAAAAUAUUACCAUUCCCGCAAAAACAGAAUUGAGAAUGCAGAGAUGCACGAACAAUUCUUGUUUAUGCAAGAAGAAAUUGUGACGUCUGUUACUCUGCCCAGGAUUUUGGGUUUGACGGCCACUCCAACCUCUCAUUCCCUCCAUAAGAAUGUUGUUGACAUACAUGCUCAAAAUUUGAAAAAGACCAAGUUAGAAUUUUACCUCGACUCGUGUGUUAUUGCCCCAAGACAGCACAUGGAAGAGAUGCUUGCUCACAGUACAAACCCAUUUCAACACAUUAUCACUUACAAGAAAAGUGAAAAUAUUGAAACUAUUCAAAUUAUGAAGCAAUUUUGUGUAUCCUAUAGUGCAUUAAUGAGCUAUGAAAGCAUUAUUGAAGAAGAGUACACUUGUUUGGGAGAAAUAGGACUAUUGUUUUCCUUCCAGUACUUAUACGGUAAAGAUGAAAUUGUAGAUUGGUAUCGACUUUUCGAGCAGAAACAGUGUAGCUUAGAAAAUCUAAGAGAUUCAUCGUUUAGAUUUGAAACUAUAGAACAAAUUAGAACCUCACCUUUCCUAUCUUCGAAAGUUAAACGCCUUUUUGAGCUGUUGCAUGUUUACAAGAACACUGUUGGAGAGAAGAAUGCAAAAUGUAUCAUCUUUGUGGAAAAGAUUGUGCAUGUAAAAACACUUACCAAAAUUCUGAGAUGUUUCACAGAAUUCGAUUCUCUCAACUGCACUGAACUUGUUGGUGUCAGUAAUAUGAGUAGGAAAAAUCAACAGGAUGUUGUGAAAGAUUUUUCGAGAAGAAAAGUCAAGCUGUUGGUUGCUACAAAAACAGGUGAAGAGGGUAUUAAUGUUUCCAAAUGUUCCCUUGUGAUACAAUACGAUUUAUGUAACACCACCAAAGAGCAUCUUCAAUCUAAAGGUCGUGCUCGUUUCCAAAAUUCUCAUUACAUUAUAUUUUCAGAAGAAGGAAACUUUGAACAUAACAAUGUCAUUAGAAAUUUGGAAAAGACCCUCGAUGAACCAUUAGAUUAUUGCACCGUUGAACAAUUUCGAGAAAUACUCACAUCAAACCCCAUACCACUUGUUGACAAUGAUGAAGAAAAUGAUAAGGACGACGGAAACAAUGCAACCGAUGAUGAUACUUUCUCAAGUGAUGAAGAAGAAAUGGAGCCUUUCUAUGUUCCCUCUUGCAUAAGAAAUGAAAAUUCUCAAGCACAUAAACUUCAAACGGAGGGAGUGACAUUGUUCUUCAGCCACCUGACUGGGUGCUUGAAUAGUUUUUCAAACGUUUCAUUUGGUAUUUUAACCUAUCAUCCAAUGAAGCCCAUAAGGUCCAUGAAAAUUAAGAAUGUUUAUGGAGAAUUGAACGUCAAUCCAAAGAGCUUUUUUACAUGUAGUGAAGAAGAGUUUUUCCUUCUUCAACGAUUUCACAUGCUAUUUUUCAAAAUAUUGUGCAAACUCAAGUCGGGUGACAAGUACAACACAGAGGAUGGUAGAUUUUAUCUAAUUACUCCUACGAUAGCGUCGGAAUCAUCUAAUUAUCAUAGUUGGAUUGAUUGGAACUUUAUGAGACAAUUUAUGUCGGAUUUCAGUAAGGAUCAUACAAAUGUUCAAGAUAUAUCACAGGCUGAACCCUCAAUUUUGGAUAUUUGGAAGAAUGGCCAAUCGAUCCCAACAGAUAAGAUCGUCAUCACUACCUAUAACAAAUCCCCUUACUUUAUACUAGGAGUUGAUUCAAGUAGAAAUCCUCUCUCAAGUUUCAACAACACAAAGAAAUCAGAAACCUUUAAACAAUAUUGUGAACAAAAGUACAAAGUGGUUGUGACAGAUUGUUCACAGCCAUUACUAACAUGUUCAGCCGAGCGAAAAGGAACCAAUACUGUUUGCCUAAUACCUGAGCUCUGCAGAAGUACAUGCUUUUCCAUUGAGUAUUAUGAUCUUUCCAGGUUGGUUUUCGCUACCAGUAACGAAUUAAGCUUUUUAUCUCUGUUAGAACAGCUGCUCAUUGUUGAGGAUUUGAGAGAAGUUAUCAAACUUCCUGCCUCUGUUGAUAGUGACAUAAUACGAAAAGCAAUCACUCAUAGAUCGUCCCAAAAUUUGGACUUUAACUAUGAAAGAUUGGAAUUCAUGGGGGACAGCAUCCUUAAAUUUGCUGCUACAAUGGACAUUGUUCUCAAAUAUCCAUUCGAAGCAAUGAAAUUUUACAAUGAUGAACGCCAAGGCAAAGUCAGCAACGCCUACCUUAAAAUAGUUGCCAAGAAAUUUGGGUUACAACAAUUUUACAUUGAGACACAAUAUUAUCACCACAAAGCUGCAGGAUUUUCUUACACCAAAUCAAAACAAAUCGCUGCCAUGCGUUGUAAAAAACUUUUAGCCAACAUGAUGGAAAGCUUAACAGGAGCGCUUAGUGAAAAUGAUAUGCAAUAUGGUGUGACAUUCCUAAAGGAUGUGGGCAUUAUUGAACGAGACUGCUUUACAUGGGACGGCUUUUUAUUCUCGCACAACCCUGCAGAAUUGAAGAAAAAAAUUGAGACCUUUGUUGGUGACAUGAAAGAUCGAGUGAAUAUCUUGCAACAAAAGCUCUCGUACCAAUUUAAAGAGCCUCUGUAUGCUUAUUUGUCCCUGUUACACCCUUCAGCUAACAUGGGAGGCAAUGCCAAUAAUGAUACACUCGAGUUUGUGGGAGACGCUGUCUUGGAUUUAUACAUUGUCCGCACACUCUAUGAAAACUUUAAUUUUAACGAAAGUGAAAUGACAGAUUUCAAGUCACAAUUUGUGAAAAACACUUCUCUUGAAGAGAUUGCAGAUUCAUCAGGACUAGCCUCUCUUCUCUACAUUCCUUUCAAAAAAUUGAAAGGCAAAAUUGUGAGCGAUAUGGUUGAAGCAAUUAUUGGUGCAGUUGCAUUAGAUUGUGGAAUGAACUGGGAAGUAAUUUGUAAAGUUAUUGAGAGUGGAUUUUUACAGAGGCCUCUUCAAACGUGGCUAGAGAAGGUUCAACAAUAUGCAAAAGAAUGCGAAAAGGAAAUAUCAUCCUUGCAAGAACCUUCCUCGUUCGUGGAUGUGCAUCCAUCAAUUCAAACACACCUUCCUAUUGAAAAGAGCAUGAUCAAAGAAAAUGAUAUCAGCUCAACUUUUAUAGAGAGCAUUCUCAGUCAUGACAUUCAAGUGAACAUGUUGAUUAAGGUAUUUUUUAACAACACCACAGAAUCAGAAACAUAUUCGAGGAAGUUUUCACUUCAACAAAUUGCACAUUACUCAAGUUUAUUUACAUUGAGCGAAAUGCCACAAGUCAUACUUUCAAAUUCUCCCACUUGCAUGAAAUGGUAUUAUCUUGAUCAAGACAACGAUUGGAUUUUAUUUGAUACCCAACACGAAUGGGAAUAUUUACUGACAAAUAUGUUACAUCUUGUUGGGAAUCCUCAUUUCUCCCAGCAGCAACCAAAUCUCAAUGCAACUUUACAUCUGACACUUGGUGUUCAAUUGUCAUAA